CCCUGAUGGGCAAUGGCCAAAUGCAACUAACACAUUUCCUCUCACAAUUUUUAGUUGAAAAGAAAAAAAUAAUAAUAAACCAUUUAUCAUUUUCUUCCCACCCAAAGAUGAAGAACAGCGGCGCGGCCGACGUGGAUGACCCGAAAGCCCCACUUCUUCCGCUCCAAGAUCCGAGUGAGGCCGGAUCGCGGAGCUUCGGUCCAACUAUGAGAUCCAUUUUGACAUUAAACAACUUUUUCAUCCUGCUUGGUCCCUUACUCUGCGCCGUGGUAUGUCUGACCGUGAAGUUGAACGGCGGCGGCACCACCAGCCGGAACAUGCUGGGGGUGCUGGCAUGGAUCUUCACGUGGUGGAUGACGGAGGCGGUGCCGAUGCCGAUAACCUCGAUGGCGCCGCUCUUCCUCUUCCCCUUGUUCGGAAUCUCCUCCGCCGACGACGUCGCCCAUUCCUACAUGGAUGACGUCAUCUCGCUCGUGCUUGGAAGCUUCAUUCUCGCGCUUGCUGUUGAGCAUUACAACAUACACCGGAGAUUAGCUCUCAAUAUAACGAUAUUAUUCUGCGGCGAACCGCUGAAUCCUCCUCUUCUGCUGCUGGGAAUAUGUGGGACGACAGCAUUCGUGAGCAUGUGGAUGCACAAUGUGGCGGCGGCGAUGAUGAUGAUGCCCGUGGCGACCGGAAUCCUGCAGCGGUUGCCGACGGGGGAGGCUCAGUCGGAGCUGGUGUCGAAAUUCUGCAAGGCGGUGGUGCUUGGGGUGAUAUACGCGGCGGCAGUGGGCGGGAUGAGCACUCUGACAGGGACAGGUGUCAACCUCGUAUUGGUGGGAAUGUGGAAGAGCUAUUUCCCUGAAGCCGAUCCCAUCAGCUUCAGCACCUGGUCUUUCUUUGCCCUUCCUCUCGCCUUGCUUAUUUUUGUUGCGCUUUGGGCCAUCCUCUGCUUGCUCUACUGCAGAAAAGGCACCAGCCUCGCCCUCUCUGCUUACUUGGACAGGGCCCACUUGAAGAGCGAGCUCCUUCUCCUUGGUCCAAUUGCCUUUGCAGAAAAGAUGGUACUUGUUCUGUUCUCGCUUUUGGUAGUAUUGUGGAUGACACGGAACAUAACGGACGACAUACCUGGCUGGGGAUCUCUGUUUGGCGACCGCGUGGGCGAUGGAACUGCCAGCGUGAUGGUGGCGACGCUACUAUUCAUAAUCCCAAACAAAAAACAAGCAGGUGAGAAGCUAAUGGACUGGAACAAAUGCAAGAAGCUGCCGUGGAGCAUUGUGCUGCUUUUGGGGGCAGGGUUCGCCAUCGCCGAGGGUGUCCAGACGAGCGGGCUAGCGGACGUGCUCUCGGAGAUGCUGGGGUUCCUGGAGGCAGCGCCGUACUGGGCCAUAGCCCCCGCGGUGGGGAUUGUGAGCGGCGUCAUCACGGAGUUCACCUCCAACAACGCGACCACCACUCUGGUGGUGCCACUGCUGAUCCAGAUCGCAAAGAUCAUGCAUCUCCACCCACUGCUGCUCAUGGUCCCCGGUGCUAUCGGCGCGCAGUUCGCUUUCCUGCUGCCGACGGGGACGCCGUCGAAUAUCGUGGGAUUCAGCACGGGUCAUAUUCAGAUAAGUGAUAUGGUGGUAGCCGGGACUCCCCUCAAAGUUGCUGGAAUUCUCGCUCUUUCCAUUAUGAUGCCUACCCUCGGGGCGUAUGUUUUUGGUACAGAUGAGCCAAUGCUCAACUUUUCAAGGAGUAAAAUGUAGCUAAAUCAAGACCGGUUUAGGUUAGGUGGACGAGAAGCGCGUUUUACCAAUCAGAUUGCGUUUCAGGUUUCAUCUUCUUGUUCCAAGUUCCAACCUUUUAUGUGUCUCUUUUAUGCCUUUGGAAAUAUCAUCUAUUAUGUUUUCCAAAAAUCAUUGUAUGUAUUCUUUUUGUAAUUUCUAAAUUAUGUCCAUUCAAAAAUUAGAAAAGAAAAAGAUAGUAUAAAGAUACUCUCUAGUUCAAUUAUUUUAUAAUGUAUUAACAUAUUAUAUUGCCUUGUUGUUUCUAGGACUGUGAAAA